UUCUCCUUCUAUAUAUACCUUCUCCAAUUGCUCACCCUUUCAUCCACGAAAGGGGGAAAAAAUAUCAAGAAAGAGAGUUCCAUUUUCAAGAAUAUAUUAUUACAUUCAGUGCUUAAUUUUGAUAUUAGUUACCAUAUGGCACAAAAUGGUUAUGUUGAUCCAGAAAAGCAGAAGUUGCUCCUCCAAGAACAUGAAGAGAAACAUUUCAUGUCCAGUGAGAUUGUCCGCGACGUAAUUAUCGGCGUCUCAGACGGUCUUACCGUCCCUUUUGCCCUUGCCGCCGGCCUGUCCGGUGCCAAUGCGACAUCAAGUAUCAUUCUUGUUGCUGGCAUUGCAGAAGUGGCUGCUGGUGCCAUUUCAAUGGGACUUGGAGGGUAUCUUGCGGCCAAAAGCGAAGCUGAUCACUACAUGAAGGAGUUAAAACGAGAACAAGAAGAGAUCAAUAGUGUCCCUGAUAUAGAGGCAGCUGAAUGUGGAGAAAUAUUGGCAGAAUAUGGAGUUGAGCCACAUGAAUAUGAGCCUGUGAUAAAUGCUCUGAGGAGGAACCCUCAACAUUGGCUGGAUUUCAUGAUGAAGUUUGAACUGGGACUGGAGAAACCAGAUCCGAUGAGAGCACUACAGAGUGCACUGACAAUAGCCAUUUCUUACAUAGUGGGGGGAUUGGUGCCUCUCUCACCAUAUAUGAUGUUUCCACUUGCUAGAGAAGCUAUGUUUGCAUCUGUUGUAAUAACAAUACUGGCACUCCUGAUAUUUGGGUUUGUCAAGGGUUAUUUUACUGGUAAUCAACCUUUCAAGAGUGCUAUUCAAACUGCCUUCAUUGGAGCUAUAGCUUCUGCUGCUGCUUAUUCCAUUGCUAAGCUUUUCAGAGUUUAAUUUCUCCUUUCUUAGACUUUGGAUUUGAAUGCCGUGUUCCUUUUAAGUAUUUGGGCAGAGUUUGUUGUCUGAAAUUAUAUAAUAGUUGUGUGCUUUCUGAA